AUGGCCAGCAUAGACGAAAUUUUUGCGAAAUCCGGCCUGCCCACAAAACGCAAGGGCGAUCCCGUCCGCGACCCAAACGAGGUCUACAAAGCCACCAAGACGUCCUCCGCCAACAGGUCCCGGCAUGCACACGUCGACGAAGAAGUCGGAGACGAUGACACCGAAGCAGGACCCGCUGCCCCCCCACUAAACGAAGACGACGACGAUUACGGGCCCUCUGCCCCUCCCGACGAUGACGAAGACGAGAACGACGAUGAAGAGGGCAGAUUCUUUGGUGGCGGCAUCUCAGCGGCCGAACGCAGGGUGUUGGAUUACAUGGACAAAAGGGGGGAGGACCUGGGCGACGACGUAGACGAGGAAAUCGACCUGGCUUGGCUGAAGAAGACCGCGCUCGCGUUUGAGAAGAAAAUAUCCCGCAAUGCUGAGCUGCGUGCGCGUUAUGAGGCGGAGCCAGCUCGGUUUAUUGACUCUGAGGCGGACUUGGACGCCGCGAUUAAGGCGCUAUCGAUUCUUUCCGAGAAUUCGGAACUGUACCCUAACUUUGCGCGUCUCGGGUGUGUGGGAAGUCUGGUAUCUCUGCUGGCGCAUGAGAACACGGAUAUUGCGUUGGAUGCGGUGGAGAUCAUUGGGGAGUUGACGGAUGAGAAUGUCAUGGCCGAAGAGGAGGACUGGGUAGCGUUAAUGGAUGCGUUGUUGGAGGCUGAUUUGGUGGGGCUGUUGGUCAGUAAUUUUGGGAGACUCGACGAAACACAAGAGGCCGAUCGCGAUGGGGUGUAUCAUGCUAUGGGGGUUAUUGAGAACUUGUGCUCGAAGAAGGAGGUUGCCGACAAGAUUGGUGCAGAGGAGUCCCUAGUGAAGUGGUUGUUGGAGAGGGCCGGGCGGAAAGAGACCUCGGUGUCGCAAAACAAGCAGUAUGCUGCCGAGGUGCUGGCCAUUCUGGCGCAAGCAUCGGAAAAGAAUCGGGUCCGGCUUGCGGAACUGGACGCGGUCGACCAAUUGCUACAGCUGGUGGCAACUUACCGGAAACGGGAUCCUGAAAAGGGCGGCGACGAGAGAGAGUACAUGGAGAAUCUUUUUGAGGCGCUGACCAGCCUCGUACACGAGCCGGUGGGUAAGGCCAAGUUUGUCGAGGCCGAGGGCGUCGAGUUGUGCUUGAUCAUGCUCAAAGAAGGGAAACUCAGCAAGCCAGCUGCGCUGAGGCUGUUGAACCAUGCAGCCGGGGCCCCGGCGGGGGCUGCUGUUUGCCAGAAAAUUGUGGAUGCCGGCGGUCUCAAGACGAUCUUCACCUACUUCAUGAAGCGGCCGGAUAAGGCGUCCACAGAGCACCUAGUUGGGAUCUUUGCCUCCAUGCUCCGACUCUUGCCCGGAGAGUCGGCUGAACGAAUCCGUACGUUGGCGAAGUUCGUGGAAAAGGACUACCAAAAAACGGCCGAGUUGAUCAAGCUCCGCAAGAUCUACGCGGACGAAGUCCGCCGCGAGGAUGACCGCAUGGACCAAAAACGAAAGGGGUUGGAUCGAGAAGAUUGGGAUCUUUUAGAGGAUGAAGCAUUUCUGGGGCGGCUAGAAGCGGGAUUGUUUGUUUUGCAAACAAUUGACGUGAUUCUAGCGUGGCUGGUCGCAGAGGACGAUGGGGCCAGGAAGAAGAUCCAAGAAUUGUUAACAGAGCAAGGCGGUCUUGCGGCAGUGAACAAGACCAUUCAAGAUCAGAUCAAGGAGAUCAAUAUCGAUUCUAACGAUGGAAAGGAGACGAAGGAGAUGCUCACAACACUAGCCCAGUUCCUCCAAUAG